GGACAACGCCGGAGGGGAGGUCCAGUCAGGGUCCCCACCAUGCACUAGCAGCCGCCCGCGUUAAUCACACCUCCUGUAGAGGGGCACCCAGAACAAUAGCAGUGCUGCUUGCUGCGAUAGCCCGCCGCCAGACCUCCCUGUCCCACGACGAAGCACAACGACGAGCGACGCCAGGCUCCAGAAGACAUCCGAUCAACGAAGAGACACUGCAUCGUUGCCCAUCAUGUCCUUCAACCCGACCCAGAUCUUCGAGGAGGGAACCACGGAGGAGAAGGGUGAGAAUGCCCGUCUCGCCGCUUUCAUCGGUGCCAUUGCUGUUGGCGAUCUCGUCAAGAGUACCCUCGGCCCCAAGGGAAUGGACAAGAUCCUCCAGUCUGCAUCUACGGCUGAGAUUAUGGUGACCAACGACGGUGCUACCAUUCUCAAAUCGAUCGCUCUCGACAACGCCGCCGCCAAGGUUCUCGUCAACAUUUCCAAGGUUCAGGACGACGAGGUCGGAGAUGGCACCACUUCCGUCACGGUUCUCGCUGCUGAGCUGCUUCGCGAGGCCGAGAAGCUUGUCAAUCUCAAGAUCCACCCCCAGACUAUCAUCGAAGGUUACCGGAUAGCGAGCCGUGCGGCCCUGGACGCGCUUGAACAGUCCGCUGUCGACCACAGCAAGGACCCCGAAGCUUUCAAGAAGGACCUUCUUGCCAUCGCGCGGACAACCCUUAGCUCCAAGGUCUUGUCGCAAGACCGUGACCUCUUCUCGAAGCUUGCCGUCGAGGCCGUACUGCGCCUCAAGGGUUCUUCCGAUCUCAGCCACAUUCAGAUUAUCAAGAAGGCCGGAGGCAAGCUGAGCGACUCCUACCUCGACGAGGGCUUCAUCCUCGACAAGAAGAUUGGUGUCAACCAGCCCAAGCGACUUGAGAAGGCCAAGAUUCUUGUUGCAAACACAUCGAUGGACACAGACAAGAUCAAGAUCUUUGGUGCUCGCGUCAAGGUUGGCUCCACGAGCAAGCUCGCUGAGCUUGAGAGGGCCGAGAAGGACAAGAUGAAGGCCAAGGUUGAAAAGAUCAAGGCCCACGGUAUCAACUGCUUCAUCAACAGGCAACUCAUCUACAACUGGCCUGAGCAGCUGUUCACCGAUGCUGGCAUCAUGUCUAUCGAGCACGCCGACUUCGAUGGCAUCGAGCGCCUGGCGCUGGUUACUGGCGGCGAGAUCGCCUCCACUUUCGACCAUCCCGACCAGGUCAAGCUCGGUCACUGCGACGUCAUCGAGGAGGUCAUUAUCGGAGAGGACACGCUCAUCAAGUUUUCCGGCGUUGCAGCUGGCCAAGCUUGCACCGUUGUCCUCCGUGGUGCUACGGAUCAGCUCCUCGACGAGGCUGAGCGCUCGCUGCACGAUGCGCUUGCCGUUCUCUCUCAAACCGUCAAGGAGCCUAGAACGACACUGGGAGGUGGCUGUGCUGAGAUGGUCAUGGCCAAGGCCGUCGAGGCUGCCGCUACCCGUGUCGAGGGCAAGAAGCAGAUUGCUGUCUCCUCGUUUGCCGCUGCUCUUCGUCAGCUGCCAACCAUUCUUGCCGACAAUGCCGGCCUCGAUUCCAGCGAGCUUGUCGCCAGGCUUCGCAAGGCCAUUUACGACGGCUUGUCCACAUAUGGUCUCGACCUCAUGACCCCAGGUGGUGGCAUUAUCGACAUGCGUGAUAUGGGUGUAAUCGAGAGCUACAAGCUCAAGAAGGCAGUCGUCUCGUCUGCAAGCGAAGCCGCAGAGCUCCUGCUUAGAGUCGACGACAUUAUCCGCGCUGCGCCCCGGAGGAGAGAGAGACAUUAGAAGUGACGAGCACAAAAGGUGGAAUUCGAUUGAAGGUCUGGCAUUUACUACCAUGAUACCAUAGAAUAGCCAUAUCUAAAUCGAGAUGGUCGAGAAGCACGCACGAACGCCUCCGAUACUGUGACAUUUGCUCUCGAAAUCUUCUUUUGUCAGAGCUUCGCAAUGCUCAAAGAUCGAUUUAAUUUCACAUCGAGCCACCAUUGUUUGCUCCACGCAAGUCAUGGUAGCCCACCCCGGACUUCCUGUUGAGAAGUGGAAAUACAAGGGAACGCCGCAUCCGAUAUUUGUCAAGUCCCCAC